AUGCCACUGCAUUAUGACCCCGAGUUUUACAAGGCGUUGGAGCCGCAGAUCCCUCUUCUGUACGCAAACCCUAAACCUCCAGUCCAUGAUGUGGCCGGCAGACGUGCUCGACUCUCAACACUCCUCGCAGAGAUCCUACCCGGCGUACCAGACACUCCAGAUGUAGAUGUCAGUCUACAUCAGGUGAAGGCACCUGACGGGGCCUCCGUGGCCGUAUCUCGAUACGUCAAAAAGGAUUCGGACUCUGGCAAGAUCCCUGUCCCUGCAAUCCUGGAAAUCCAUGGGGGAGGGAUGAUAUGCGGCGACGUCGCAUCCAUGGACAAAGUCUUGAAAAUGCAGGCAUCCGAGUCCGGGAUCCAGGUGUUUGCCGUCGGCUAUCGUCUAGCUCCUGAGCACAAGGACCCUACGUUGGUCGAGGAUUGUUACGCCGCCCUUGAGUGGAUGAACCAGAAUGCCCAAACGUUCAACAUUGACCCGAAAAGGAUCGCGGUGAAGGGGGGGAGCGCGGGCGGCGGACUCGCUGCUGGAGUGGCUCUGCUGGCACGAGACCGAGGCCUCUCGCCACCACUCGCGAAACAGAUUCUCAUUUCACCCAUGUUGGACGACCGAAACCUCACACCCAACCUGGCUUUGGAGCAAUUCGCGACCUGGAACAAUGAGGACAACAUAACGGGCUGGACCGCGCUGCUGGGAGACCAGGCCGGCGGGGACGGGGUCUCUUGCUAUGCCGCUCCAGCGCGCGUCGAGAGCGUAGAGGGUCUACCCCCGACUUACAUAGACAUUGGCGGGCUGGAUAUCUUUCGCGAUGAGGUUUUCAAGUACGCUGCGAGAAUCGCCGAAGCAAAUAUUCCCAUUGAGUUUCACCUAUAUCCGGGUGUGCCACAUUCGUUCGAGGGGGUGGGAGGAGGUCUUGAGGUGACCAAAAUGGCUAAAGCCAAUAGAUUGAAAGCUAUAAAGGCUUUUUAG